AUGGACCAGAAGACUCUGAAGAAACUGGUGGAAUCCAUCAGUAAUACUGUCAAGAACUUCAAAAAAAGUGAAGUAGAGUGUCUCCUAAUACUUUUUCACAGCUUGGUGGAAAGAGCUAAUGUAAGACUUAACAAUUUUGGACUAGAUCGUAAUGCGUUUCGAGCGAUCCUGCACAGCAUAUUUGGAAUGACUAAUGAUAUACUAAUGAAUAGGGUAUUUUUUGCAUUUGACAAAGACAAUGAUAACUGCAUAAAUGCGAAAGAGUGGGUUAAAGGAUUAUCAGUGUUUCUUCGAGGGACUUUUGAAGAAAAGCUUAAGUUCUGUUUUGAAGUUUACUAUUUGAAUGGUGACGGUUACAUUUCUCGAGAAGAGAUAUUUGACAUGUUGAAGAACAGUCUAUGCCAACAGUCAUCUGAAGAAGAGAGUGAUGAAGGAAUAAAAGAGUUGGUAGAUAUAACACUGAAGAAAAUGGAUUAUGACAACGAUGGCAAAAUAUCUUUUGCAGACUUUGAAAAAGCAGUAAAAGAAGAGAGACUUUUGUUGGAGGUGUUUGGACCAUGUUUACCAGAAGCAGAGAAUUGUAUUGAUUUUGAAGCCCUGGCAUUCGGACAUAUCCUGACUUCUAGUUUUGGAAUGUGA